AUGGCUUCAAACUCUGACGCGCAAACUUACAUCGUCGUUCUACGCGAUGGUGUGUCCACCCAGACCUUCCUCAGUGCACUACAGACCGACAUCAAGGCGUUCUCUGCGGAUACCAUUGUCGAAUAUGAGCACGCCUUGAAUGGCUUUGCUGGAAAGUUCACCGAAAGUCAUGUCGAGACUUUGAAGGCCAACCCGGAUGUCAAAUACAUUGAAAAGGACUCCGUUGGGGAGGCAUUUGCUUACCAAAAUGAUGCGACAUGGGGCUUGGGAAGAUUGAGUAGAAUCGCCCCCUUACCCAUUGGCGACAAACCCACCCCCAACAAAUUCUUCUAUCACUGGGAUCCUGCUGCGGGAUCUGGUGUUGAUAUCUACGUUGUUGGUAAUUAUUGUCUAGGAGUCGACACAACCCAUCCUGCCUUUGAGGGUCGCGCCUCGUGGGGGAAAACACAAACAGGAACGGUAUGUUCGCAUCACGGAACGCACGUCGCAGGAACUGCUAUUUCAAAACAAUUGGGUGUUGCAAAAGCCGCCAAGGUAAUCGCAGUGAAAGUCAUGGAGCAAGAGGUAAAAGCAUUGGAUUGGGUAAUUGAAAACGUCAAGAAAACUAAAAGGCCGAGUGUGGUCAACAUGAGUUUAGGAGGUCCGACCUCCCAAGCUGUUGACGAUGCUGUCAAAAAGCUAUUUGAUGCGAAGAUUACCACUGUAGCUGCUGCAGGAAACGACAACAAAGACGCCAAGACAGUCAGCCCUGCUCGCUCUCCAUAUGCAAUUACUGUGGGUGCAUGUAAUAUCCGAGACAAAAAAUGGUCCGGAUCAAAUUAUGGGGAGGUUGUCAAUAUUUUUGCUCCUGGCGAAGAUGUUGACUCCACUUGGCUCGAUAAAAAAACAAAAGUGAUGUCGGGUACAUCUAUGGCUGCUCCACAUGUAUCUGGCCUUAUGGCCUACUUAAUAUCCCUUCAGUCAAAGGUACCACAGAACUUCUGGGCAUAUGCACAUGUAGGAGUUUUGAAAGACAUCCGUACGCCAUUUCACCCAACGCUGCUGCUAUGCAAAAGCAUGACUGAACUGAACGAUGUAGCGGCAAAGACUGCAAAUCUGCUUGCUUAUAAUAACCAUUACGACCUCAAUGGCCAGGCGGCAUUUGAGGAAGAAAUCAAUGAAGGAGCUGCUCUUGUUGGAGAGGUGGCCGUUGGAGCGUAG